GUGACAACGUUCGACGGACUGAAAAUGGAAAAAUAUCCGCUUGUCAAAGAGUUUUUGGGGCUAACUUGUUCAAAUGAUGCUCGAAUGUCGCAGCUCGAGAAGGAGCUCAAGAAGAGAAGGGAAUUGGACGCCGAAGAGCAGCUCAUAGAGCCGCGCUUGGAUCAGGAGCUUUUUGAAUUGAUGGUGAUCGAACAGUGCGCCUCGCAAGUGAAGGAUAACGAUGUCCAAAUGACAAAGGCCAACACCAUAACGCAAGACUGUAUGUUCCAGAUCCUGCAAAUUGAGGAUCUGCUCGAAAUGGCCAGUGUUCAGGACAUCCUCUACCACACGGUGCAUCGCAAGGAGCAAGAGGUCCUGCGCCAAAUGAAGCUGGAUGAUGAUUCGGCUGAGCAAGAGGAUGAGCAGAACUCCAUCCUCGAAUCGCGCAGUAUCGUCCAGGAAUUCCGCGAAGCACAAGCCUCAGAAAAAGAGGCCGAAAACGAGCUAGCCUCGGUGGAAAAAGAACUGGACCAGUCGGAUCGCGAGUGGACACUUACACAGAGAAUUAUGACGGACAAUCGUAACAGGAAGAUAGUCAGCAUUUUACAGAUGAGCAAGCUGAUCAACGAAUUGGAGGAACAGUUGAAAGAAAUUAAUUCGAUUAAGACGGAUGCCACUGAAGGGCAUAUCGACAUACAUGAAGAUCAUCAGCCAAAGAUCGCUAGUCCUCCUGACACCACUUCACCACUUCAGUCCGCUUCGGAAUUCCUAAACAACUUUCUCUGUGCGUAUAUCACCACAGAAGACAAUGAAGUCAGAACGAGCGUGAAAAGUAAGAAGGACAAAACUAAGAAGUUGUCGACACCGCUGCGAUCCAUUUUGGUCAAUCGCAAGGACGACGAACAUGUUGCCAACUCCAACUCGCCAACAAAGCAAGUGCGUUUUUCUUCUCAUCUAGAGAUAAACCAUAUUAAAAAGAAUAAAUCUGAGCACCAGGAUUGGCUUUCUUUUUCUGGAGAGACAGAAGAGGACGAUGAAGAAGGAGAGAUCACAGAAGAAGAUUCCGAGGAAGUAUCAGAGGAAGAAUCAGCGGAAUUAUCUGGAGACGAGCUAGAGGAAGCUUCCGAAGAGGAAUUAGAUGACGAAAUGGAGCUAGAAGAUGAAGAAUAUGAGGAGGAAGUUAAAAUAGAAAAGUCAGAAAUGGUUUUGGAGCCAGAAGAGGGCGAAUAUGAUGAGAAAUCUGGAUCAGAAAUGGAGGAAUCCCUAUCGGACGACAAAGAAUCAGGAGGGGAGGCAUCAGGAGAGGAGGAGUCGGAUGAUGGGGGCAAACAAGUGAAAAGCGACGAAGUACCAAAGGCGGACGAGGAGAAAUCGAAUAAAAUUUCUGAUAAACCCGAAAUUUUAAGAGUCGAUAUACUCUCACCCAUUAGAGACAUAUCUUCCUGGAUCAGCGACGAUAUACCCACCACAUCCACAGGCACUGUCAACCGCUUUACUGCAAGCCAGUUGAGGAACUAUGGCAUUAAUUUUGACGAAAAGGAGGCACCGCCCAACAAGCGACUCAAACUGGAGGAGGACGAGUUCCCAAUGGCCCAACCUAUGCCGGAUUUUUACAAGCAGCCGUCGUCCACAUACAACAACUUUGAUGAUCAAUCACUACAAUUCAACUCUCCCCAUACCAAUUUUGACGAUGAAUUUCUGCUGAGCUUCAGUGAUGAUAAUGAUGCUACACAUGCUGGCUCGUCAUUUAAACUGUAAACGUAUUUCGAUCAAAAAUUAAUGUGUGUUCUCGAUAAGAACGGACAAUUAAUUUACAUCCAGCUAUUAAAUCAUUGUUAUUUUUCGGCAUCAGAAAAAAUGUCAUGUCCAGCUAAAGUUAUUUUAGCUUUAUAAUGAAAAUUCAUUUCACACUUUAAAUCAUAUAUACAAAAACCGGGAGU